UGCCCCAAGAAACAAUCCACACGCCGCCAUGAGAGCCCUGGAGCGACAGCCUUCGCCCCAGCAACGCUUUGUGAUCGACCUGGCAGAGACGCCCACGGUGCCUACGGUAUGGACUCACACCAAUGGUUCCUCCAUGGUGAGCGCCUCUCCGCCGAUGCCUUGGGCGCCAUUGGCUGGACCGUUGACUACACAAGGCCUCCACGGCGCCCGGCUGCGCCAAGCCCACUCUCCGCGUCCCUACUCGGUGGCGCGCCACGCGGUGGCCGCGGUGACGGCCACGCACCACCCGCAGCGCACCGGGGUGGCCUCGCCGGCGGUGGCGGCCAGGCCGUGCCACAGCUUGCAGUCGCCAAGGCGCCUGCAGCCGCAGGAGGUCUAUGAGAUGCAGCAUCCCAGGCCCCCGCGCCCGGCGGAGCGGCCGCCGCUGCCGCCGCCGCAGGCGGCGGUGGAGGUGGCGCGAACGCCCAACGUGCCGCCACUGGCGCAGGGGCCCAACACGUUGGUACCAGGGACAGAGCUGCAAGUCGGCUUCAUGCGCCUGAGAUGUGAAGAAAUGUUAGGCAGUGGUUCAUACAGCACUGUUUGGCUGGCCAAUGUGGUGUCUCAGUCUCAACGACAGGAACAGCAGCCAGUGCAAUCCGUGGCUCUGAAGGACGUCUUCUGCCGGGGUGAGGCGGCACUGCAGCAGUCCCUGUUCGAGGUGCAACUCCUGAUGGCCGUUGAGCGUCGCAUGAACAGGUCCAAGGAGCCGCACCCACCGCCACGACUGCCGAGAUGCUUGACCUACCAGGUGGAUCCCUCCGAUGAAGGUUGGAGCGUCCGCAUGGCCCUGACGAGACUGAAGGGGGAGCAGUUGGAUGGCUGGUUGCAACGGAGCUGUGAGAUCUCGGAUGAUUCCAUGCUUCAACGGUGCCGGGCUCAGACAGCGCCCUGCGAACGGUCUGGGAGUUCGUUGAAAUCACGGAUAGGUCACUGUCAAUGA